AUGUCAUUCCGUGUCUACCUUCUUAUCAUGAGCUUGAGCUCGCUGGCGGUCUUACCAGCCACACAAUAUGUCGGCCAACGCCCCUACUAUCUACGACAAUCCACCGAAUGCAAGGGGCCCAAAGUGUACGAGAUUCGGAAUGUACAGGACGUCGACCAAUGCAAGGAGGCGUGCGUGCAGUUUGAUUGCGCGGCCGUCAACCUGUUCCAGCUCGGCGAAUUCCAAUUUAUGUGCGAAAUUUUGGGCUCUGUCUACACGUACUAUCCGGCACAGGGUGCCGCAUGCUAUAUCGGGGCG